CGCCGAGGAACCAUCUAAGAUUUUUAAGCGGUGAUAAUCUGCUGAUCUGAUCGAGCCGUCAGUUUUUGGACCGAUUAUCGAAUUUCAGCUUGUGAUUUGAUUUCUGAAUUUCACAGGAAGCAGAAGCUCUUUCUCAUAAAUGAGGGCAUAUAUAAAAGUAAUUAUUGCAAAGCUUUUAUUAGGUUUAAAGAGAUGUCAACAUUUAGAACACCUAGUACUCCAGUCUCCAAGCUUGAAAAAACACCGGCUUCUACUCCCGGGGGCACCAAGGUUAAGAAGGAUAAAAUUUUAGUUACUAUACGUAUGAGGCCACUAAGCAAGAAAGAACAAUGGCUUAAAGAUCAAGCUGCUUGGGAAUGUGCUGAUGAACAUACUAUAGUUUUGAAUACACCCUCUCAAGAGAAGUCAAGCUCAUCAGCUUAUACUUUUGAUAAAGUAUUUGGCCCCAUAUGUCCAACUGAGAGAGUAUAUGAAGAAGGAGCAAAGGAAGUUGCCCUAUCAGCAGUAAGAGGAAUAAAUGCUACAAUAUUUGCUUAUGGGCAAACCAGCAGUGGGAAGACAUAUACUAUGAGAGGAAUAAUGGAGAGUGCUGUAACUGACAUCUACAAGCACAUACAAAGCAAUCCAGAAAGAAAAUUUUUUAUCAAGAUUUCUGCAUUGGAGAUAUAUAAUGAGGUUGUGAGAGAUCUGUUGAAGACAGAUUCUGGUCCUCUAAGGCUUUUAGAUGAUCCUGAGAAAGGAACCAUUGUUGAGAAACUAGAGGAAGAAACUGCAAAAGAUAGUGAGCAUUUGCGGCAUCUGAUAGGCAUUUGUGAAGCGCAGAGACAAGUUGGAGAGACUGCCUUGAAUGAUGCUAGUUCAAGAUCUCACCAAAUAAUUAGACUGACAAUUGAGAGCAGCCUCCAUGAGUAUUCAGGUUGUGUUAAGUCUUAUGUUGCCAAUUUGAACUUUGUGGACCUUGCGGGAAGUGAGAGAGCUUCACAAACAAAUGCUGAGGGUACUAGGCUAAAAGAAGGCUGCCAUAUAAAUCUUAGCCUGCUAACGCUCACAACUGUUAUUAGAAAGUUGAGUGAUGGAAAAAUAUUCGGCCAUAUCCCAUAUAGGCAAUCAAAACUGACACGCAUACUUCAGCUCUCUCUCGAAGGAAAUGCCAGGACUGCUAUCAUUUGUACUAUGAGUCCUGCACUUAGCCAUGUAGAGCAAUCUCGUAGCACACUUUCCUUUGCUUCUUGUGCAAAAAAAAUUACAAAUUCUGCACAAGUUAAUAUGAUUGUAUCUGAUAAACAAUUGGUCAGACAACUACAGAAAGAGGUUGCUAAACUUGAAGCAGAACUGAAUACGCCAGGUCCUUACGCUUCUUCAAACACGGAUGUAAUUCUGCUAGAGAAAGAAAUGCAAAUUAAGAAGAUGGAAAUGGAAAUGGAAAAACUCAAGCAAGAAAGGGACAUUGCAAAGGCCAAACUAGAUGAACUUCGACGGAAGAUGGAACAAGAUAAACUUGGGCUUGUCCCAUUUGAAUCCUUACCUCGUCGAGUGGCUAAGUGUCUCACCUUUUCUGGCCAAUCAAGAAACCCAUUAAGGAAGUCAUCUACUGUGCCAUCCAUGCUUGUAAAUGAAAUCCGAAAGCUUGAGCAAUUGCAAGUUUUACUUGGAGAAGAGGCAAACAAAGCUUUGGAGGUUCUACAGAAAGAGGUGGCUUGCCAUAGGCAUGGUAACCAAGAUGCUGCACAGACCAUUGCUAAGCUUCAAGCUGAAAUAAAAGAGGUGAGAGCUGUUAGAUCUCUAACAACAGAGGCCUAUGCUAGAAAUGUGGUAAAAUACAAUGAGGUUGGCACAAACCUUAAGGAUGAGAUUACUAGACUUCACUCUCAAGGAAAAACCAUUGCCAAUCUGGAGGAACAGCUAGAAAAUGUUCAGAAAUCCUUAGAUAAGCUGAUUAUGUCUCUUCCUAGCUACACUCUUUCUACAAAUACUGCUCCAAAAUCAUCCAAGACUUUUAAUAAGGGCAUGAUGGUUCCUCUAACGUCAACUGGCAAUGUGAACAUUCCACAUUUUAUAAGACCCCCCUGCUCUCCUCUGUCAUCUUCUUCUAGAAUGGUGCUGGAGUCUGAGGUUGAAAACAUGAACCCAGAUGAGAAUCAUUCAAAUUCUAUGGUGGUUACUCCAUCAAAGAGUGAAGAUAUUAUGGAUGUCUCGUCAAGGGAAGGAACACCAGGCUACCAACGGUCGAAUUCUGUGAAUAUGAAGAAAAUGCAGAAUAUGUUUCAAAAUGCAAUAGAAGAGAAUGUAAGGAGCAUAAAAGCUUAUGUCACUGAACUGAAAGAAAGAGUUGCAAAGCUGCAGUACCAGAAGCAGCUUCUCGUAUGUCAGGUUUUGGAACUGGAGUCAAAUGAAAAUUCUGGUUACGAAGAGGCUUCAGAGACUGAUGAGAAUCUGAACGAGUUUCAUAAAUCCGUAGAAACUUGGAAUUCUAUUUUCCAGGAAAAGAUGCAACAAAUCAUAAAAUUAUGGGAUAUUUGUCAUGCAUCUUUGAUACAUAGGACACAAUUUUACUUACUAUUCAAAGGAGAUCAAGCUGACCAAAUUUAUGUUGAGGUGGAGCUAAGGAGGCUAUGUUGGAUGCAGAAAAAAUUUGCAUGUGCUGGAGAUCCUUACAAUGAACAUUCAGGAGAUGAACUCUCUCUUUCUCUAUCAUCCAACAUAAAGGCAUUGAGACAAGAAAGAGAGUUUCUCUCUAAAAGAAUGAAUUCAAGAUUGAGAGAAGAAGAAAGAGAGAGGCUGUACAGCAAAUGGAAAGUGCCAUUGGUUGGGAAGCAAAGGAAGCUUCAGUUGGUGAACAAACUAUGGACAGAUCCUAAUGACAAGACACAUAUUGAAGAGAGUGCAGAUAUUGUGGCCAGGUUAGUAGGAUUUUGUGAAGGUGGAAAUGUAGCUAAAGAGAUGUUUGAACUAAACUUUGCCUUGCCAGAGAACAAGAAGCCAUGGCUUCUUGGUUGGCAACCCAUUUCAGAUUUUCUAGGACUUUAAUUGGGAGUUGGUUGAAUUGUUUCUUUUGUUUUUCUGUUAUAUAUUCAUUCAUCAGGCAUUAAUCAGUCUAGGAUUCCAUUCCACAAGGUUUUGAUGUGUCAUAGGAAAGGGAAUUGCAAGGCACUUACGUGGUUGAUAGGAAUGUGAUAGAAAGGUAGAUGUUAUGAAAAGAUAUAAUGCUUGUUUUUCUCUGAAACAAUGAUUGUUUAUGUUUGGCUCAUAUAUAUUACAUGAGAUCUUGUAGCAAAUGAGUCGAACAUGAAAGAAAGUUUGAUUUUUUCUUAUGUUCAUCGAA